GGAGAUGGUGGAGCCCCUGUCGAAUAAUCCGCUGGCGAGCAAGGAGAAUGUGCGCGCCAGGAGGAUCUAGUUGGUUUCUGGCCGUGGGACCGCAAGAACCCCAACAUCCACUCGUUUGCUCAGUGCAUUGUUUUUGUUUGUUCAUCGAGGGAGAUUGUUUCGAGAAUGAGUUGUCAAUGUCCACUGACAACAGCGCCGGGUCCUACUCUGGCAUCGACAUGCGGUGGGCCUUCCUUCAUGCUGUUCAUGGGCCUUCUGGAAGUUUUCCUGAGGAGCCAGUGCGACCUGGAAGACCCCUGCAAUCGGCCGCAGCCGCCGCCCCGAGUCGACUCAAGUUAUGAUUUUGUUGUCAUCGGAGGAGGAAGUGGAGGUGCCACUGUGGCAGCUAGACUCUCAGAGGAGCCGACCUUUUCGGUUCUCCUACUGGAGGCAGGCAUGGAUGAGCCCACAGGUACCCAGAUUCCCUCUUUCUUCUUCAAUUUCUUGGGAAGCGACAUUGAUUGGAACUACAAUACAGAGCCUGAGGAGGAGGCCUGCCUUAAUAAAGAGAGUAGGAGGUGUUACUGGCCGAGAGGAAAAGUUCUCGGUGGAACCAGUGUAAUGAAUGGAAUGACGUACAUGCGAGGAUCUCGGAAAGAUUACGACGAUUGGGCGCGAUUGGGCAAUACCGGCUGGUCCUACCAGGAUGUAUUACCAUACUUUUUACGUAGUGAAGACAAUGCCCAGAUCAAUGACAUGGAUUACAGCUACCACUCAACCGGAGGCCCAUUAACCGUGACGCAUUUUCCCUACCAUCCACCUCUCAGUCGGGCCCUUGUCGAUGCCGGCCGAGAGCUGGGGUACAAAGCCGUGGAUUUGAAUGGUAGAAGCCACACCGGGUUCAUGAUAGCCCAGACAACAUCGAGAAAUGGGUCGAGACUGUCAACAUCACGAGCAUUCCUCCGACCAGCUCGUAAUCGUCGAAAUCUCCACGUUAUGCUAAAUUCAACAGCCACGAGGAUCCUGUUUGACCAGAAUAAACAGGCUGUUGCAGUUGAAUUUGUCCACGACGAUCAACUGCAUCGUGUCAAUGUCCGCAAGGAGGUCGUUAUCAGCGGAGGCGCCGUCAAUUCUCCCCAAAUUCUAUUGAACAGCGGCAUUGGCCCAAGAGACGAGCUGUCGUCGAUCGGAGUCCCAACUGUUCAACAUUUGCCCGGAGUCGGGAAAAAUCUUCACAAUCACGUUGCCUAUGCCUUAGCCUUUACUAUCAACGAUACUGACACAACACCUCUCAAUUGGGCAACCGCAAUGGAGUAUUUGUUGUUCAGAGAUGGUCUCAUGUCAGGAACUGGAAUCUCGGAGGUGACAGCAAUGAUAAACACGAAAUACGCCAAUCCUCAAGACGAUCACCCGGACAUUCAAUUGAUCUUCGGUGGAUAUCUAGCAGAUUGCGCUGAAACAGGAAUGGUGGGUGAGAAAAAGGGUGGAAAGAGGAGUGUUUACAUAAUUCCAACACUCCUCCACCCCAAGAGUCGUGGGUACCUCAGAUUGAAAAACAAUAAUCCGCUAUCGAAGCCCCUGAUCUUCCCGAAGUAUCUGACUCAUCCGGACGACGUGGGCGGUCUGAUCGAGGGUAUUAAAUUCUCUAUAAGACUCGCGCAAACCCGCACACUCUCACGAUACGCCUUCGAGCUCGAUAAAACCCCAGUCAAGGGCUGUGAGAACUUGAAGUUCGGUUGUGAUGCAUACUGGGAGUGUGCUAUUAAGCACGACACCGCCCCGGAGAACCAUCAGGCGGGUUCUUGCAAAAUGGGCCCCGAUAACGAUCCACUGGCCGUCGUUGAUAAUCAACUGAGGGUGAGGGGGGUCCGGGGGGUGCGAGUCGCUGACACCAGUAUUAUGCCUAGGGUUACAUCGGGGAAUACCAAUGCACCCGCUAUUAUGAUCGGGGAACGGGCUGCUGAUUUUAUCAAGACAACGUGGAUCGGUUCAUGAGGAAUGAGUGAUUAUUUUUCUCGCUGCACUGCUCUUCAUUUUUUCUCCUCCAGGAACUCAUACCAGCCCUCUUCGAAACUAGCAAAUGUGAAAAACACUGCGGAAAAAUAUCAAUCGAGACCUUGUGGGAUUUUUUAUACUCGUGGAGAGUCGGUCAGUGUUGUAGAUCGCGAAAUGAUGGCCCGAAAGUGCCACCAGUGAAAUUUCCAUGGAAAUUUCAGUAGCUUAGCAGAAAAUAACUAGAGCCGAUUUCGGUUCAUUGAGUCUUUACUCGGAAAAGUUUCAAGAGCGAAAUAUUGUCCACCAAAAAAAAAAAAAAAUACCGCCUAGAAAUGCUGUGCUUGUCCUAAAAACGAGGACAAUUUCGUCAUGACAAGUAAUUUCUCACCUUAAAUAAAAUUUAAUUAAUUUAUUUAAUAUUUUUAUACCUAAUUUCUUGGCGUAAUCUUUUUUUAGUCUGAACUAUAGUGCGCUUGAUCACUUUUAAUCAUGAAUUACACGAUAAGAGCGAAACUAUUCUUCUGAAAGGCAAUCUCUUCUGAAUAUAGAUAUAAGAAUCAAACUGUUCCCUAAUUUUUACUGAAUAAGUUCCUCCGUGUGGGGUUACCACAUAAGUUUAGAAGGAACAAAAAAAUUAGAUAAGAGAGAUAAAAUAAACAGUACAUGAUUUGUAAAUAUGUUUGUUGUUUAUCAUUGACUCGAUU